CCACCUUCUAAGCGUACUAAGCAAAAACACCCUCACACACAUGCACCACACUCCCAAAUAGACAUGGCGAAGCCUCGCAAACCCAAAAACAACGACGACGCUGCUAAGUCCGACAACAAUUCCGCUGCCGUAGUCCGCCACCAAAAGCUCUGCCUCUCCAUCGACCUCGACCGCCGCCAAAUCCACGGGCAUACGGAGCUGGAAAUUGCGGUGCCGGAGAUCGGGAUUGUAGGGUUACACGCCGAGAAUUUGGGGAUUGGGAGUGUUUUGGUCGACGGAGAGCCCGCCGAGUUCGAGUACUACCCCCACCCGUACGCUCGUAAUGUGGAGAGCGACAAGAGGUGGAGCGCGGUGUCCACGCCGAGCUCUGCCGCCGAUGUGGCCACUUCGGUGUAUAUAUCGGCGCUCGAGAGGGAAUUGAUCCCCAAUUUGUUGAUUAAUUGCUGCAAGGGUUUGAAGAGUGUGAGUGUGAAUGAACAGCCCGAGCAGCCUCCGGUAGUAGCCGAGAACGGGUUCCAUCCGGCCAGCGAGGCCAAGCAGCAGAAUGUGAGAUUGAUUCGUAUUGAAUAUUGGGUUGAGAAAGCAGAGGCGGGGAUUCACUUUGAGGAUAAUGUGGUACAUACUGAUAACCAGAUAAGGCGUGCGCGGUGCUGGUUCCCUUGUGUGGAUGACAGUUCACAGCGCUGCUGCUAUGAUCUGGAAUUUACGGUUGCCAACAAUCUUGUGGCUGUCAGCAACGGAAGCUUGCUAUAUCAGGUUUUGAGCAAGGAUGAUCCUUCUCGGAAAACAUAUGUCUAUAAAUUAAAUGUUCCUGUUGCUGCUCAGUGGAUAUCUUUGGCAGUUGCACCAUUUGAAAUCCUUCCUGACCACCAAUUUAAUCUCAUAUCACACAUGUGUUUGCCUGCUAAUAUGUUAAAGCUUCGGAAUAUUGUGGAAUUUUUCCAUAAUGCAUUCAGCUGUUAUAAGGAUUACCUUUCGGUGGAUUUUCCAUUUGAGUCAUACAAGCAAGUUUUUAUAGAGCCUGAGAUGGCAGUAUCCUCAUUGAGUUUGGGGGCUUCCAUGAGCAUCUUUAGUUCUCAAUUGCUAUUUGAUGAGAAGGUCAUUGAUCAGACCAUAGACACAAGGAUUAAACUUGCGUAUGCCCUUGCAAGACAGUGGUUUGGUGUAUAUAUUACUCCUGAGGCACCAAAUGAUGAGUGGCUGUUGGAUGGCCUGGCUGGUUUUUUGACUGAUUAUUUUAUCAAGAAAAAUUUGGGGAACAAUGAAGCACGUUAUCGGCGUUAUAAGGCGAAUUGUGCUGUUUGCAUGGCUGAUGAUAGUGGUGCAACUGCUUUGAGCUUCUCUGCAUCUUGUAAGGAUUUGUAUGGAACCCAGUGCAUUGGUCUAUAUGGAAAAAUAAGAUCAUGGAAGUCUGUGGCUAUCAUUCAAAUGUUGGAAAAGCAGAUGGGGCCUGAGUCUUUUCGUAAUAUUUUGCAGACAAUAGUUUCUCGGGCUGAAGAUGGAACUCGUACUUCAAGAUCUCUUAGUACAAAGGAGUUCCGGCACUUGGCUAAUAAGGUUGGAAAUCUUGAACGUCCAUUUCUUAAAGAUUUUUUUCCUCGAUGGGUAGGAUCGUGUGGGUGUCCAGUUCUAAGGAUGGGGUUCUCCUAUAACAAAAGGAAGAAUAUGGUUGAGUUGGCUGUGUUACGGGGAUGCACAGCUUCACCAGAUUCCAGUGCAUCGGUUCUUAAUGUUUACGCAGAUUCAGAAAACCGAGAUGGUGACAUUGGUUGGCCUGGGAUGAUGAGUAUCAGAGUUUAUGAGCUUGAUGGUAUGUAUGACCAUCCGAUUCUGCCAAUGGCUGGCGAUACGUGGCAGCUCUUGGAAAUACAAUGCCAUUCAAAGCUUGCUGCUAGACGCUUUCAGAAGCCCAAAAAGGGUUCAAAACCUGAUGGAUCUGAUGAUAAUGGUGAUGUUACACCUGCUCUAGAUAUGCGCUCCAGUUCUGAAUCCCCCUUAUUAUGGAUGAGAGCAGACCCUGAAAUGGAAUACCUUGCUGAAACUCAUUUUCAUCAGCCUGUACAGAUGUGGAUUAAUCAGUUAGAGAAGGACAGAGAUGUUAUUGCUCAGGCACAAGCAAUUGCAACAUUAGAGGCAUUGCCACAGCUUUCAUUUUCUGUCGUUAAUGCCCUGAAUAGUUUCCUCACUGACUCCAAGGCCUUCUGGAGAGUUCGGAUUGAAGCAGCUUUUGCAUUGGCUAAAACAGCAUCCGAGCAGGAAACUGAUUGGGCUGGUUUAUUUCAUUUGGUGAAAUAUUAUAAAAGUCGGAGGUUUGAUGCAAACAUUGGACUCCCCAAGCCGAACGACUUUCAUGAUUUUCCUGAGUACUUUGUUCUUGAGGCCAUCCCGCAUGCUGUAGCGAUGGUCAGGGCUGCAGACAAGAAAAGUCCAAGAGAAGCUGUCGAGUUUGUUUUACAACUUUUGAAGUAUAAUGACAAUAAUGGGAAUCCUUACUCUGACGUGUUCUGGCUUGCUGCACUGGUCCAGUCAGUUGGUGAGCUUGAAUUUGGGCAACAGAGUAUUGUCUUUUUAACUUCUCUCCUCAAGCGCAUCGACCGACUUUUGCAAUUUGACAGGCUGAUGCCCAGCCACAACGGGAUCUUAACAGUCAGCUGUAUCCGGACAUUGACACAGAUUGCAUUAAAGCUUUCAGAGUUCAUACCUCUUGAUCGUGUCUUAGAACUUAUAAGACCUUUUCGGGAUUUGAAGACGAUAUGGCAAGUUCGAAUUGAAGCAAGCAAGGCACUCCUUGAUCUGGAGUUCCACUGCAAAGGCAUUGACUCCACAUUGUCAUUGUUUGUCAAAUAUCUAGAGGAAGAGCCAUCUUUAAGAGGACAGGUGAAAUUGGGUAUACAUGCUAUGCGGUUAUGUCAGAUAAGUAGUGGAUCUGGUUCGAAUGUUAACAUAAAGAAUGACACUCUCAUGUCUUUACUUUCUCUGCUUGAUAGCAGUAUAGCAUUCAACAGUAUCUUUCUUCGUCACCACAUAUUCUGCAUUAUACAAAUCCUUUCAGGGAGGCCCCCGACUCUCUAUGGAGUACCCAGAGAGACUAGAACAUUGCUCGUGGGUGAUGCAGAGACUUGCAUUGAACAGAAGAACAUAUUUUCUGCUCUUGUUCCUGAAGUGAAACCUCCAGAACUACCUCCUGACAUACCAAAUCCUCCAGAACUACCUCCUGACAUCCCAAAUCCUCCAGAACUACCUCCUGACAUCCCAAAUCCUUCAGAACUACCUUCUGACAUCCCAAACCUUCCAGAGCCACUUUCCAACACUCCACAUCCUUUGGAACCCCCUCCUGUCAUCCCAAACCCUUCAUUUGAUAGUAUGGCCAUUCCACUUGCUUCCAAGGAAUCAGAUACUGUUUCAAACAGUCGUGAACGAAAGAUGCCAUCUAUUAAGAUCAGGGUCAGACAGUCUGCUGCUACCAGUAGAGCUGAGGAGAUUGAUAACCAAACUGUAGAAAAAUCUCAAGGUGGGCAACAUGAAACUGAUCAUGGGGCUAGCAGUUCUGUUUCUGUGGAUGCACCUCAAAGGAAUUUGACAGAGGCUGUGAGCAUUAACAAUCAAAUUCUUGAGGAAGUUAACUCAUGUCAUGAUCAUGGCUCCCGUUUGACUGCCAGCAUAGGUAGUGCAAAACCUACCAGUGAUGGUGAUGAAAUUGGAAAGGAACUCCAGUGCACUGCUGAUUCAAGCAAAGUUUCUGUACAAGUUCAGGCUGAUGUUCAAUUAUCAUCUAGCUUCGCGCAAGAUAAUAAUUUAGAUGCUGAUGCACACAAAUAUGUGAGUCUUCAAACUCUUUCAGUUGGUAGACAUGGUUCUGAUGGUGGUUCGAUUGUCAUGAUGGAAUCUUCUCGGCAUGGGAAAGAGAAGAGUAAGAAGAAAGACAAGGAAAAGAAAAGGAAGCGGGGAGACCAUAAAGGACACCGGGAUGACCCUGAGUAUUUGGAACGGAAACGUUUGAAGGAGGAGAAAAAGCGUAAAGAAAAGGAGAUGGCAAAGCUGCUCAAGGUGGCGAAUGCAUCUUCAGUAGAACCAACUAAAAAGGAGGAACCUAGAAUCAAGUCGGCAUCAGUGCAAUUGAAUCCAAAGGAACCCAGUGCAUCCGAUGCAGUGACCAAAAGGGUUGAUAUCAGGCAAUUAAAUCCAAAUGAACCUAGAGCUGAUGUUAUGACCAAAAAGGUUGACGUCAAACCUGAGGCAUCAGAAGGAACUUCUGCUGCUCCAAAAAUCCGAAUUAGAUUGAAAACCCGAACGCUUAACAAAUUAUAGAGAUUGUAUUCUGCGCUUUUUGAAAAAUGCUGAAAAGUUUCCUUUCCUGUUUUAUUUUGUAGAUUCUUUCGGCAAUGUCUAGAAGUAGAGCUUUAAUAUUAGGGUCUAAUUGUAGUGACACACAAACGAGUUAAUUAGAUGCAUUUUUGUUUGCA